CCGCACCGCGCUAGCUAGCUGCAAUCGAAAUAGACUGAGGAUCGUGACACGCAGAAAGGGGGAAGUUUUACUCGUUUGAGAAAAUCCCAAAUCAAGAUCGGUGUAAAAAUGUGUUCGUGAAGAAUGGUGUUAUUAAACAGAGCGUAAGAGAGUAGAAAGCUACGUAAAACAAUAAUCCAGUAUGGCAGAAGUAGCAGAGAGAAGACGGGCAGUAAUCACCACUCUGUUCAAGGAGUAUGAUCGUGAUGGCGCAGGGGAGCUGACUCCUAUACAGCUACAGUGCAUGCAUGCGAACUUACGACAGGGAGGAGUCAGUCUUGCACAGGUGCAAGCUGCAAUGUCCUACUGCUGUUUGACCGAUGAUGCGUGUGAGCCCAGCGAGCUCUUUGCUACCCUACAGGAAUUAGAUCGCCGCUACUUCCUUCUGCAAGACUUUCGCUGGGAAUUUGCCCUCUUGGACAGGCUCCAGCAGGAUUUAAUCACAGAAGAUCAAGCAAGGUUUAUGUUUGAAGCGGUACAUGGCCAGCUGUUCUCCAAGCAUCACUGGGAGAAGUUCUUGAAGAGUCGAUCAGUUCCUGGUACCGGUGUCAGCUUUGCAGAGAUUGAAGUUGAUCUGUGUAACAUCCCUAGCCGAGAGGACAUGGCGUAUGAGGAGAUGGAAGAACAAAGACAGAAAGGAGAGAGAGCGAGGCAGAUAGAAGAGAAGAAACAAGCAGAGGAGCAAGCUCGGCUGAAGAGACUGGCCAAGAUGGAGGCCCAGCGUCUCAACAAGGAGGAUGAUGUAAAGAAAAAGAAAGCUGUCGAGAAGAAGAAAGAAGAGGAGAUGAUGCAAGAGAGGGAAGAAGAGCAGCGAAGAAAACUAGAGGAGGCCCGUGGGAAGAAGGAGGCCGAGGAAAGAGACAGGGAAGACGAAGACAAACGAAGGAGGAUGAAGCUGGACGAAGAGAAGGAACGUGAGCGACAGAGGGAGCUGGAGAUCAUCGAGGUCCAGCAGGCCUUGGAGGCUCAGAAGGAAGUGGAGAGAAAGGCCCGGGAGUUGCAGGAGCAAGAGAAGAAAGAACAAGAGAAGGCCAAGAAUGCUGAGGAAGAGGCAGAGCUUGCAGCAGCGAAAGAGAAAGAGGCUGAGGAGGAGGCCAGAAAGGCCAAGGAGGCCAUCAAGAAUGCAUCGGAUGCGGCUGCCAAGAAAGCUGCUGAAGAGGCCGAGAGAGCAGCCAGGGAGAAACUCAAACGUGAGCGUAACGAGCGUAUCCGUAAGGACCUGAAGGUAGCUAUCAAGCAGAAGGAUCGCAAAUUGCUCGACAAGUCCGUAGCAGAAUUCAAGAAAGCCAAGCUAGCCGACACGGACGGAGAUCUGCACAAGGCAGAGAGGAUACUCACACAGUUCAAAGCUAAAGAUGACCUAGUGAGAGCCAUGGAGCACCGUAACCUGGAAGAGUUAGAGCAAGCCAUCAACUUCGUCAAGAAGAACUCUCUGGAGGCUCACAUGCCCCAGGAGAUGGUCCGCGCCAACAAGAUGCUGCUCGGCCUCAAACGGCUCAAACGUCUCAAGGACGAAAUCCUGAACCUCAAACAGAGCACGGUGGCCGAGAUCCGCAGCUACAACAAGCCCCCGCGGGCCGUCCACAUGGUCAUGAUUGGCACUUAUUUGUUGCUAGGCAACAAGGAAAGUACCCUGAAGGAUUGGAAAGGCAUGCAAGCAUUGGUCGGUAAGACGGGCAAGGAAGGAUUGAAGCGUCGUGUCCUCCAGUGCGAUCCCACCAAGGUGCCCGUUGCUACAGCGGAGCGGGCCAAGCAUCUGUUGAAAGAGUUUGAUCUAGAGCAAGUCCGAGAUGUCAGUGCUGGUGCAGCGGUCUUCUAUGCUUGGACCUCAGCCACCAUAGAAGAAGUUGAAGACAUCGUCAGGCAGAAGGAAGAAGGCCUGGAGCCAACGACUCACCACGGCGGACCUAAGACACUCAAGCAUGAACUGCAAUCAGGAACCCUUACCAUUACCAUAUAAACAUAUAGGGAUUGCCCUCUAGGGAGUCAGGUUGACACAGUGUUGCCUUCCAAUUCUGUGACUUUGGUUUGAAUCCCGCCUUAGUCGCGACUUUUAUUUUUCCAAAAACAAAAAAUAAGUUUAGCAGCUUUUUAUGCCCUGCCGGCGAAGCCGAAGGGGCAUACUGUUUCUGCCUUGUCCAUCCGUACAUGUGUGCGGGUGUGUACGUGUUCUACAUAACCCCUGAGGACCGACACACAAAGGGAGAACAACAGAUCCUUUCAGUCCUCGGGCGUUGGGUCUUUUGUUGGAAAUGGUCCUCUGUAGUAAGUUUGUGUGCUUAGUCUAUGGGUGAGUGUUAAUUACAGGGACAAAGGGAAACACAAAGCAUUGUCCUCGAGAGUAUAGUAAAACAAGAGUGUGUGCAUGCAUUUGUUUGAGGUGUAAAUCGAUGACACACACGUGCAACACAGGAACCAAGUCAAGGACAACCUCGAUUAGAAGACGUGUACAAAACCAAUGAGAGCUGUUGCAAAAAAGUUGCAAAACUAGGAAAAGGGAAGAGGAACAAUAGGAAAUCCUUGAUUUACACCACAAACAAACCUGCAUUGCAUUGGAGAAAACUGGCU